AUGGAUGAGCAAGACUCAACUGGCCCUGAAGCAGAAAGAGGCCAGGCCAUGGAAACUGGAAACAGUGGGGGAUUCUGGGAAAACUCUGUGCAGAAGCUCUUGCAUGAGGUGUACACUCUUCGCUCAGAUGGGCAGAGCCAGCAGUUGAGGCAGUUCUGCUCCCAGGAGGCCAAAGGACCCCGAGAGGUUUGCAGCCUGUUUUACCACUUUGACCAUCAGUGGCUGAAGCCAGAAAGGCACACGAAAGCUGAGAUGCUGGACCUGGUGAUCUUGGAGCAGUUCCUGGCUGUCCUUCCCCCGGAGAUGGAGAGCUGGGUGAGGGAAUGCGGAGCAGAGACCAGUUCCCAGGCAGUGGCCCUGGCCGAAGGUUUCCUCCUGAGUCAGGCGGAGGAGAGGAAGCAGGUGGAGAAGAAGCAGGUGAGAGAGACUUUCCUCUGGAUGCUCCCAAGGAGCUCUGAACAGGAGGGAGAAGAUCCUAAAAUACUGUACGAAUUGAUCAUCCUUUUUUAGGAAGUAUCCAAGGCAUUUUGCCUCUACCAUUUUUGUUGCUCUUUCAGGAAAAGGAUCUGGUUGCAGAAAUGGGCUCAAAUUACUCUGAGGCAGAGCGGACUCCGUUGGACACCAGAGAGAGUUCACUAGGUAAGGAGGAAGGAGUUUCUUCUCCGUUUGGUCAUUCUGUUGCUUUUGAAAGUAAUCUCUGCGUUCUUUCAAUUUGGGGGAGGAAAACAUUUGGGCCCAAGGGCACAGAAGAGCACAAUAAAACUAUGAUUGGUACAACCAUCAAAAUAUACAUCUCAGAGAAGCAUGCACUCCUGGCUUCCAACUAACCUUUGUCUCUCAGGUGAAAGAAGAAUGCCGGCAAGACCUCCUCACCCGUCUUUUCCUGGUGGUGGAGAGGAAGCAGCAGCUGUAGAAGCAGAUAAGGUAGGAGGGAGGAGCCUAGUGGGGAAAGAGGCUCAGGAGUGGGGCAGCCAGGGUUCCUCUGGGAAUGAAGAAAUCCCUCUCUUCCUCUUUGGUUUCGUCAAAGCUGUCCCAAACAAAGGCUGAAAGUGCCAUUCAAGGAGGUCUAUCUGCUGAAAAUAAAGAACAGCCUCCUCACCUUAAGUAAUCUUCUGAAUGUUGCUUUUAUUAUUUAUCAGUAUUUGCAGUUUUAUUUAUAUAUUUAUAAUUGAGUGCAACGAUGGGCUUCUAAGCAGUUGACAUAUCAUAAAAACAGUGCCCAAGAUUCCCCAGUGCACCCCCCUCCAAAAAAAAGCAGACGGGGUGCGGAGAGGAGAUCCUUCCAUUUGUGACCCUUCCAUACCGAUCCAGACUAGACUUCAACGAAUUGUUGGCAGAUUAAACACAAUGCAGGAUCUCCAAAAAUAGACCAGGCGCAGGAGCUUCAUCCAGUAUUAUUUACUGAAGGGAAAUGAGCAUAACUAUUCACGAAUUCAACUCUUAGGGAUUUACAUAGUACUUAACAAUCCACUUGCAAUAUAUAUAUAAAAAACUCACAUCCAUGACGGAGGAAUUAUGGCCUCUGUUUAUAGGCAGCAUGGCCUUGAGAUAGAAAAAUAACAGGGCCAGCUUCAACCAGCUGUACUCAGCUUCUCUGAAGGAUUAACCCAAACAUCAGGAACCUUCUGCUUGUUUCUAGGCAGAAUGGAAAAACUGAUGAACAGCUAGUCACUUGCCGCUUGCAGCUUGUAGUAGCUUCUACGCUGUGAGACCCAGACAAGUUUCCAGAGCCUUCUUGAAUGAAUAGAAUAGGAAAGAUCUCCGCAUAUUAGAGCAAUACUUUCUAUAACAAAAAUUGCAAGCCAUGUCAGUAAUACAACCUCCCUCUUACAUAUCCACAAGCCUUGAAUUUUACCCCAGAUCCUUUUUGCUGGUCCAAGAUUUAAGACUUGUGUACCAGUUUGUAGUCCAAAAACACCCAGUGGUGGCCAAUCCUCAGAGCGCCAUCCCUGCAGGGACCAAGUGGUACAGCCUAGUGGACCUUUGCUCAUCAUUUUGAGUAUCCCCAUUGCAAGCAGAGGCUUGACAACCAUAUGUCAGGAGUGCUCUGAUGGUGUUUCCUGCUUGGCAGGGGGUUGGACUCGAUGGCCCUUGUGGUCUCUUCCAACUCUAUGAUUCUAUGAUUCUAUGAAAUAACACAACACAGAAAUGAACAGGCAGGAAACACCACCGCAAAGUGUAGUAGAUAAUCUUUAGGCUGCCUUAGAGGAGGACCCUUGUCUUUUUCCUUUCAGGGUCCUCCGUGCUUUGAAGAUGUAGCUGUGCAUUUCACGGAGGAGGAGUGGGCGUUGUUGGAUCCUGACCAGAGAGCUUUGCAUAAGGAAGUCAUGGAGGAGAAUCGUGGGAUCAUGGCCUCCCUCGGUAAGGCUCCCAGUUGGAUGAUAAUAUCUGCUUUGAAAUUCCAGAGAGAGAGAGAGAGAGAUAGCAAACUGAAAGCCUGCCAGAUUCGGAUGAAGCUCAACAGAACCACCUACUGCACUUGGUAUCCUAGCAGAGCACAGGUCACCUUAAAUGGAAGGGUAUGGAUUGUUUCAUCUGUGACAAUUCCUCUUCCAGUUAUGCUUUUUAAAACCAUGAUCAGGCUGCUUUAAAACCAACUGCCCAGGCCUUUAUAAAUGUACAGAGGUACCUUGGGUUACAGAUGCUUCAGGUUACAUACGCUUCAGGUUACAGACUCCGCUAACCCAGAAAUAGUAUAUCGGGUUAAGAACUUUCCUUCAGGAUGAGAACAGAAAUCGUUCUCCAGCAGCGCGGCAGCAGCGGGAGGCCCCAUUAGCUAAAGUGGUGCUUCAGGUUAAGAACAGUUUCAGGUUAAGAACGGACCUCCGGAACGAAUUAAGUACUUAACCCAAGGUACCACUGUAGUUUUCAUAAUUUUUAGGGAAGUGAAAGUAGAUUCUGUCAGGAUUUGAGUUUUUGUUUUUGCUUCUGUCUGUUUUUGGUUGACCAAAGAGACCAUGGGCCUUGGAAAUGGAGCAACAAACAGGUGAGUGACAAUAGAGAUGCAGAAAAUUCCAUGACUGGGCCCUACGAAAUCCAUUCAAGAAAAGAGCCAGGCUUUACACGUAUCAGGUUUCCACAAAUAUGUCCAUGAAUACCAGUCAACACAGGCAGUGAACCCUGUAGUAACACUUCAUGUCUAACCCCCUCCCAUUCUUCCACUAUCACAAGAGUAAAUCAGCAUUGUCCAAUCAUUUAGGGUUCCAUUUAUUUCUGAGGUUCUAACCCAUUUCUCCCUUCAUCGCAGGUGGUGAUCAAUUGGAAAUGCAGAACUGGGGAGACCACAACAAAAUCCACACAGUGGAGAAACCAUAUAAAAAUUUGGAGUAUGGAGAGAGCUCCAUCUCCCUUUCCACUUCCUAUCAAAUAAAUCUUAUUGGGAGGAAACCAUAUCAGUGUUUAGAAUGUAGAAAGAGAUUCACCCGGAAGGAAAGUCUCACUGUCCAUCAGAGAAUUCAUACAUUAGAGAAACCCUAUCAGUGCUUGGAAUGUGGAAAGUGCUUCAACAGGAAGUAUAGUCUCACUUCCCACCAAAGAAUUCAUACCGGGGAGAAACGAUAUCAGUGCUUGGAAUGCGGAAAGAGGUUCACCCAGAAGGAAAGCCUCACAACCCAUCAGAGUAUUCACACAGGGGAGAAACCAUUUCAAUGUCAAGAGUGUGGAAAGCGUUUCAGUUGGAAGGAAAGUCUCACUUCCCAUCAAAGAAUUCAUACAGGGGAGAAACCUUAUCAGUGUUUGGAAUGUGGAAGGAGGUUUAGUGAAAAGGACACACUUAGAGCCCAUCAAAGAAUUCAUACAGGGGAGAAACCACAUCAGUGCUUAGAAUGUGGAAAGAGCUUCACUCAGAGGGGCCAUCUCACUUCCCAUCAAAGAAUCCAUACAGGAGAGAAACCAUAUCAGUGCUUGAAAUGUGAAAAGAGCUUCAACCGGAAGGGAAGUCUCACUGCCCAUCAGAGAAUUCAUACACUGGAGAAACCAUUUCAAUGUCAAGAGUGUGGAAAGAGCUUCAGUUGGAAGACAAAUCUCACUUCCCAUCAAAGAAUACAUACAGGGGAGAAACCGCAUCAGUGCUUGGAAUGUGGAAAGAACUUCUCCCGCAAGGAAAGUCUCAUUUUCCAUCUAAUAAUUCAUACAGGGGAGAAACCCUAUCAAUGUUUGGAAUGUGGAAAGCGCUUCAGUCAAAGGGUCAUUCUCAUGUUUCAUCAAAGAAUCCAUACAGGGGAGAAACCCUAUCAAUGUUUGGAAUGUGGAAAGAACUUCACCCACAAGCAAAGUCUCAAUUCCCAUCAAAGUAUUCAUACAGGGCACAAGCCAUAUCAGUGCCUAGAAUGUGGAAAGAGAUUCGGUCGGAGAUCCUACCUCGCUUCCCAUCAAAUAAUUCAUACAGGGGACAAACCAUAUCAAUGCUUUGAAUGUGGAAAGAGCUUCAUUCACAAAGCCAGUCUCACUUCCCAUCAAAGAAUUCAUACAGGGGAGAAACCUUUUCAAUGCUUCAAAUGUGGAAAGAGCUUCACCCACAAGGCCAGUCUCACUUCACAUCAAAUAAUCCAUACAGGGGAGAAACCAUAUCAAUGCUUGGGUUGUGGAAAGAGCUUCAAUCAGAGCUCCAGUCUCACUUCCCAUCAAAGAAUUCAUACAGGGGAGAAACCAUAUCAAUGCUCUAAAUGUGGAAAGAGCUUCAGUAGAAAGGACCAUCUCAUUUCCCAUCAAAGAAUUCAUACAGGGGAGAAACCCUAUCAGUGUUUCAAAUGUGGAAAAAGCUUCAGACACAGCAAGACUCUCACUUCCCAUCAAAGAAUCCAUAUGGGGAGAAACCAUAACAGCGCUUGGAAUGUGGAAAGCGCUUCAGAUGGGCAAGCCCACUUUCCAUCCAAGAACUCACAGCAGGGAGAAUAG